AUGGCAGAGUUAGUCGGAAGGGAUGAUAUAGAAUCAUUGAGAAUCGAGCUGUCUGAGCUGGGAAGAAGCUUCAGGGCAUCUCUCCGGCGAUUUAGUUUCAAUAUCCGAAGCGGCUCCAUUGCGAAUAGUUCUGGAAGAAGGGAUUAUUACAAUGACUUCAGUUUUGCUGAAGAUGAUCAUACUAAUCAUAACAAUAAUGAUGAAGAAACUGUCCUGCAAUGGUCGACCCUGGAGAGACUUCCGACUGUUCAGCGGAUUCGAUCGUCUUUGUUCGACGAAAACGCUGAUGGAAAAAAGAAACGGAUGGUUGAUGUUACAAUGCUUGGUGCCACGGAAAGGCAUUUGUUCAUUGAGAAAAUGAUUAGACACAUUGAACAUGACAAUCUCAAGCUGUUGUGGAAAAUCAGGCAGAGGAUUGAUAAUACUGGAAUUGAAUUGCCCACAGUAGAAGUAAGAUACAGCAAUGUUUCAGUUGAAGCAGAAUGUGAAGUUGUUAAUGGAAAGCCUCUUCCAACUCUCUGGAAUACUGUCAAAAGCAUCAUUCUGGAUAUUGCAAGGGUUUCUGGUUUCAAGGGAAACAAAACCAAGAUCCGGAUUAUCAAUGAUGUCAGUGGCGUCAUCAAGCCUGGAAGAAAAGAUCAAGCUCAAUACUGGUGCCAAAAUGAAGAGAAUUAUGUGUACAACUCUGUUGAUGCAUUAUCAAGAAAAUUUGAUGAGUCCCCUUAUGGAAAGAAUCUCAGGGAAGAGAUUUCAAAGACAUUUUUGAGGUCCGAGAUCCAUGAAAAUGCCAUAAGCUUUAGCAAAUACUCAAUUCCUAAAUGGGAGCUAUUCAGAGCUUGUAUGUCAAGAGAGUUUCUUCUCUUGAAAAGAAAUUCUUUCCUCUAUGUUUUCAAAACCUUUCAGAUUUUGAUAAUUGCAUCAGUUACUAUGACUGUGUUCUUGCGAACAAGGUUGGGCGUCGACAUUUUCCAUGCAAACGCGUACUUGGGAGCAUUGUUUUAUUCUCUUAUCAUUCUUCUUAUUGAUGCGAUUCCAGAGUUGUCUAUGACUCUAUCUAGACUAGGAAUUUUCUACAAACAAAAAGAAUUGUGCUUUUACCCUGCUUGGGCAUACGCGAUCCCAUCUGCCAUUCUCAAGAUUCCUCUCUCAUUGUUGGAAUCUUUGUUAUGGACAUCUUUGACAUAUUAUGUCAUAGGAUAUUCUCCUGAGGUUGGGAGGUUCUUCCGCCAACUACUUUUGUUCUUCGCUUUGCACAUGACAUCUUUAUCCAUGUUCCGGUUUAUUGCAUCUGUCUGUCGAACUGUGGUGACCUCUACAGCAGUUUCCAGCUUUGCAAUAUUUUUUACGACUCUGUUUGGUGGCUUUUUAAUCGCCAGACCCUCUAUGCCGGCCUGGUUAAAAUGGGGCUUCUGGCUUUCUCCAAUGACUUAUGCUGAGAUUGGCCUUGCUUUGAAUGAAUUUCUUUCCCCGCGAUGGCAGAAGCCUCUACCCACAAACACAACACCAGGAAUACAAACGCUUGAGAGCCGCGGCUUAAAAUUUCAAGGCCAUUAUUACUGGAUUUCCAUUGGUGCACUUUUUGGGUUUUCAGUACUCUUCAAUGUUGGUUACAUUUUGGCAUUAAGCUUCUUGAAAGCUCCAGUUUCUCGUGCUAUUAUUUCGAGUGAAAAGCUUUCACAAAUGCAAGGAAGCAAUGAAUCAAGUGGUGUAGACACUAAACAAGUUUCAGAACGCACCACUGCUAUAGAAUCUAACCAAGGAAGAAUGGUUUUACCUUUUGAACCACUGGCCAUUGUCUUUCAAGACCUGCAGUACUUCAUUGAAACUCCAGCUGCAAUGAAAGAACAUGGUUUCAUGAACAAAAAGCUCCAACUUCUGCGUGAUAUCACCGGCGCACUUAGGCCUGGUGUUUUGACUGCACUUAUGGGAGUGAGUGGAGCUGGAAAAACAACCCUUCUCGACGUGCUUGCAGGAAGAAAAACCAGUGGAUUUGUGGAAGGGGAAAUCAGAAUAGGAGGAUUCCCUAAAGUUCAGAGGACAUUUGCUCGGAUCUCAGGUUACUGUGAGCAAACCGACAUACAUUCUCCACAAAUCACUGUAGAAGAAUCAGUUGUAUUUUCUGCUUGGUUACGCCUGCAGCCGCAGAUUGAUUCAACAACCAAAUAUGAAUUUGUGAAAGAAGUCUUAGAAACCAUUGAGCUUGAUGAUAUCAAAGAUUCUUUGGUGGGAGUACCUGGCAUUAGCGGUUUGUCAACUGAGCAACGCAAGCGACUAACGAUCGCCGUAGAGCUAGUUGCUAAUCCUUCCAUUAUAUUCAUGGAUGAACCUACAACUGGAUUGGAUGCAAGAGCAGCUGCCAUUGUCAUGCGGGCUAUAAAGAAUGUCGCGGAUACAGGAAGAACGAUUGUUUGCACAAUCCAUCAACCAAACAUUGACAUAUUUGAAUCAUUUGACGAGUUAAUUCUACUGAAAAGUGGAGGGCGUUUAACAUAUGCCGGACCAUUAGGGCAACAAUCCAGUCAAGUUAUUGAAUAUUUUGAGAGUAUCCCUGGGGUGCCAAAGAUAAGGGACAACUACAACCCGGCAACAUGGAUAUUAGAAGUCACCUCUACCUCUUCAGAAGCUGAACUUGGCUUAGACUUUGCUGAAAUUUACAAGAAAUCUACUUUGUAUCUGAAUAACGUCGAACUUGUGAAGAAAAUGAGCAUCCCGCCCCCAGGUUCCAAAGAUCUAGACUUCCCUACCCGUUUUUCUCAAAAUGGAUGGGGACAGUUCAAAGCCUGCCUCUGGAAACAAUAUUGGUCCUAUUGGAGAAGUCCUUCUUACAACUUAAUCCGCCUCACGUUCAUGACAGUGGCAUCUCUUUGUUUUGGUGCAUUGUUAUGGAAGAAGGGAAAGAAACUGGAUAAUCAGCAAAGCCUGUUCAACAUUUUUGGCCUAAUGUUCAGCUCUGUAAUAUUCUGUGGCAUUAACAAUUCCACUUCAGUUUUACCUUAUGUGAGCACAGAAAGAGGAGUUCUUUAUCGAGAAAGAUUCGCAGGAAUGUAUGCUUCUUGGGCUUAUGCAUUUGCACAGGUUACAGUGGAGAUACCUUACAUCUGUGCACAAGCAGUGAUCUAUACAGUCAUUACAUAUCCAAUGGUUGGGUAUUUUGGGGCAGCAUAUAAGGUGUUUUGGUAUUUUUAUGCAAUGUUUUGUAGUCUGUUGUGUUACAACUAUUUAGGUAUGCUUCUGGUAGCAAUCACUCCAAGUUUUCCAGUGGCUGCGAUCUUGCAAUCUACAUUUUACACAAUGAUGAACCUCUUUGCUGGAUUCCUCGUCCCUCUGCCGGCUUCUGAUGAUGAGGAAGCUGUUCAGUGGGCUGCGCUUCAGAGGCUUCACACCGGUCAACGGAUUCGGUCUUCUUUAUUUGAUGUAAUUAAUGAAGACGGUCAAAGUAGCAGUAGAAGAAGGGUAGUUGACGUCACGAGGCUUGAUUCCAGGGAAAGGCAUUUGUUCCUGAAGAAGCUGAUUCCAAAUGUUCAACAUGACAAUCUCAAAUUACUACGCCAAAUCAGAACAAGACUUCAAGGUGUUGGGAUCAACUUGCCCACCGUGGAAGUGAGGUACAAAAAUGUAUGUGUUGAAGCAGAAUGUGAAGUUGUUUCAGGAAAACCACUCCCAACUCUUUGGAAUACAUUCAAAAGCAUGUUUCUUGAUAUUGCAAGGCUUUCUGGUUUCAAGGGAAACAGAUCCAAAAGUCAAAUUAUUAGUGAUGUUAGUGGAAUCAUCAAGCCUGGAAGAAUGACACUUCUUUUGGGUCCUCCAGGAUGUGGGAAGACAUCACUUCUUAAAGCUGUUUCCGGCAAUCCUGAUGAAUAUCUGAAGGUUACUGGGCAGAUAACAUGCAAUGGAUAUGAAUUGACUGAAUUUGUCCCUCAGAAAACCUUAGCUUAUAUAAGCCAACUUGAUAUGCAUAUCCCUGAGAUGACUGUCAGAGAAACUCUAGAUUUUUCAUCUUGUUGCCUAGGUGUUGGAAGCCGAGAAGCUAUAAUGGCUGAGCUGGUCAGAAGGGAGAAAGAGGCUGUAAUCUUUCCUGAUCUAGAUGUAGACACUUUUAUGAAGGCAAUUUCUGUUGGAGGACAAAAGACAACUCUGCAAUCAGACUAUAUCUUAAAAAUGCUUGGACUAGACAUUUGCGCUAAUACACUUGUUGGAGAUGGCAUGAGGAGGGGUAUUUCGGGUGGUGAGAAGAAAAGACUGACAACAGGGGAGAUACUUGUUGGUCCUUCAAGAGCUUUAUUCAUGGAUGAAAUAUCAAAUGGAUUGGACAGCUCAACAACAUACCAGAUUAUUUCUUUUUGUCAGCAGCUUGCACAUUUCAGUGAUGCUACCAUCCUUAUGUCACUUCUUCAGCCUGCACCAGAAACAUUUGAUCUUUUUGAUGAUAUCAUCUUGAUGGCUGAAGGCAGGAUUAUCUAUCACGGGCCUAAAAGAACUGUUCUAGAAUUUUUCGAGAGUUGUGGAUUUACAUGUCCUGGAAGAAAAGGAGUAGCAGAUUUCCUACAGGAAGUUAUCUCAAGUAAAGACCAAGCUCAAUAUUGGUGCAGCCGUGAAGAGGAUUAUGUAUACCACUCAGCUGAUAUGUUUUCAAGGAAAUUUCAGGAGUCUACUUACGGAAAGAAUCUCAUUGAAGAGCUUUCAAAUCCAUUUUCUACGUCACAGAGCCAGUAUAAUGCUUUAGACUUUAGCAAAUACUCAAUUUCGAGAUGGGACUUCUUCAAGGCUUGUACAUCCAGAGAGUUUCUUAUCAUGAAAAGAAAUACUUUCCUUUAUGUUUUCAAACUUGUUCAGAUAUUGAUAAUUGCAUCGCUUAUGAUGACUGUGUUCAUACGAACAAGGUUGGGUGUUAACAUCCUCCACGCAAAUGAUUACUUGGGAGUGAUCUUGGGCCUAUGCAAUUCCAUCUACCAUCUAAAGGUUCCUCUCUCAAUGUUAGAAGCUUUGUUAUGGACAUCUUUGACAUAUUAUGUUAUAGGCUAUUCCCCUGAGGUUGGGAGGUUCUUGCGCCAGCUACUUUUGUUUUUUGCUUGGCAUAUGGCAUCAAUGUCCAUGUUCCGCUUAAUUGCAUCUAUCAGCCACUCAGUGGUAACCUCUGCAGCAGUUGGUAGCUUUGCAACUUUUUUUCCUCCUUUCUUUAGUGGCUUUUUAAUCAGUCGGGCCUCUAUGUCAAGCUGGUUGAAAUGGAUCUUUUGGCUUUCUCCGGCAACUUAUGGUGAGCUUGGCCUUGCUUUAAAUGAAUUUCUUUCCCCGCGAUGGCAAAAGGAAGAGACACCCUCGAAAGCCAUGAACGCAGCUCCAGUUUCUCGUGCUAUGAUAUCAAGCGAAAAGCUCGUUAAAAUGAAAGGAAGCAUAGCAUCUAAUGGCCUAGACACUACAAGAAGCCUAGAUGCUGAAAAGAGUUCAGAAAACUCCUCCCCAGGGAAAGUGGUUUUACCAUUUGAACCUCUGACCUUUGUAUUUCAAGACCUGCAGUACUUUGUCGAAAUUCCAGCUCGAAUAAAGGAGCAGGAUUUCACUAGGAAAAAGCUCCAGCUUCUCCAAGAUAUCACAGGUGUUCUUAGACCUGGUGUCCUAACAGCACUUAUGGGUGUCACUGGAGCUGGAAAGACAACUCUUCUUGACGUGCUUGCGGGCAGAAAAAACAUUGGAUUUGUCAAAGGGGAAAUUAAAACAGGAGGAUUCCCCAAAGUUCAAAGGACAUUUGCUAGGAUUUCGGGUUACUGCGAGCAAACUGACAUCCAUACCGCACAUAUCACUGUUGAAGAAUCAGUUGUUUUCUCUGCGUGGUUACGUCUUCACCCGCAGAUUGAUCCAAAAACUAAAUCAGAGUUUGUGAAACAAGUCUUGGAAACAACUGAGCUUGAAUGUAUCAAAGAUUCUUUGGUCGGCAUUCGUGGGGUCAGCGGUUUAUCAACAGAGCAGCGGAAGCGGCUCACAAUUGCUGUGGAGUUGGUAGCCAAUCCUUCCAUCAUAUUUAUGGAUGAACCUACAACCGGACUGGACGCGAGAGCAGCCGCUAUUGUCAUGCGGGCUAUUAGAAAUGUGGCAGAUACAGGAAGAACAAUUGUCUGCACCAUACAUCAACCUAGUAUUGACAUUUUCGAAUCAUUUGAUGAGUUAAUUCUAUUGAAAACCGGAGGGCGCCUAACAUACGUUGGACCACUGGGGGAACAAUCAAGUAGAGUUGUUGAGUAUUUUGAGGGCAUCCCAGGCGUGCCGAAAAUAAAGAACAACCACAACCCGGCAACAUGGCUGCUGGAAGUCACUUCCACAUCUUCUGAAGCGGAACUUGGUGUGGACUUUGCUGAAAUUUACAAGACUUCUACUUUAUAUCAGGACAACAUAGAACUUGUGAAAAGAAUGAGCAUUCCGCCUCCUGAUGUAAACAGUCAUGAUUUUCCCACUCGUUUUGCCCAAAAUGGAUGGGGGCAAUUCAAAGCAUGUCUCUGGAAACAACAUUUGUCGUACUGGAGAAGUCCUUCCUACAACUUUGUCCGCCUAAUCUUCAUGCUCGCAUCAUCUCUGGUCUUUGCUGCACUUUUAUGGAAAAAGGGUCAGGAACUAGACAAUCAGCAAAGCUUGAUUGACAUUCUUGGCCUAAUGUACAGCUGCGUGUUGUUCAAUGGCAUAAGCAAUGGCUCAUCCGUUCUCCUUAUGUCAACGCAGAGCGAGGAGUUCUUUAUCGAGAAAGAUUCGCAGGAAUGUACUCUUCUUGGGCUUAUGCAUUGGCACAGGUUACAGUGGAGAUACCUUAUAGCGCUGCUCAAGCAGGAAUCUUCACAAUCAUCACGGCCGCGAAUUCCGAAAUGGUGGAUAUGGUUGUACUAUAUGGUUCCAACAUCAUGGUCUAUCAAAGGAAUGUUUGUUGCACAGUAUGGAGACAUCCACACGCCAAUCAAAGUGUUUGGAGGAACGAAGACAGUAGCUCGGUUUUUAUCAGAUUAUUAUGGAUUUCAUCAGCACCAACUGCCUCUUGUUGCCGUGAUCUUAACUUUAUACCCUAUAGUUUUGGCUGUUCUGUUUGCAUUUUGUAUUGCCAAGUUAAACUUUCAGAAGCGGUGA